CUGUUCUCAAUCAACAACGCUGCUCUCGAUUCCGAAAUGCAUGAAGUCAUCACGUUGCAGUUUGGUCAACAGGCUAACCACGUCGGCACACAUUUUUGGAACGCGCAGGAGACAUAUUUCACGUAUGGUGACGAAGAAGAAUCUCCGGUGGAUCAUGAUGUUCACUUUCGACCCGGACACUCAGAAGAUGGCACAGAGACAUUCACACCUCGUGCGCUGAUCUAUGAUCUCAAAGGCGCUUUCGGUACUUUGAGAAGAGAUAAUGCGCUCUAUGGUGCGCCUGAUGAUCCUGCCGCCAUCGCACAGCAGAUGUGGUCGGGAAACACAAAUGUGAUUAGGACAGAACAGAUACAGCAAAGUGCAUACCAGCAACAUCUGGACCAAGGACUCGCACCACCGACCUUGUCACCAGACACUGUUCGCUACUGGUCCGAUUUCAACCGAGUGUUCUAUCACCCCAAGUCUAUCGUCCAGCUGCAUGAGUAUGAGCUGAACUCCGCUCUCAUGCCGUUUGAGAGAUGGGCCACCGGCGAAGACUUGUUUGACAGUCUUGACAAAGAGCAUGACCUUCUGGACAGAGACCUGCGACCUUUCCUGGAGGAGUGCGACCAGUUACAAGCGAUUCAAAUGAUCACCUCCGCCGACGAUGCCUGGGGCGGCUUUACAGCAAAAUACCUUGAAAGAAUGAGAGAUGAACUAGGCAAGACGAGUGCCUGGGUAUGGGGACUCGAGGAAGGUGGACGCAAGCCAAGGGAUAAGCAAAUCUUACAGGUUGCCAAUGUAGCGCAGUCGAUUCACCAGAUCUCGAGCCAGGCGAGCAUGUAUAUCCCGCUUACCACGUUGCCGGACGUGCUGCCGCCGUACGUUCAUCUGAACGGGUCGUCCAAAUGGCACACAUCUGCCCUGCAGUUGCUGGCAAUGGAGAGCAUGACUUUGCCGACUAGACUGCGUGCAGGUCAGCAAGGACGCUCUUCGUUCGCUGACAUCGAGACUCUGUUGAGCAAUGAUGGCAAUCGCAGAAUUGCUCAACUCAACAUGAGCAUCAAGGAUCCAUCUGAGCUUGAAGGAGAAGCAGAUGGCAAUGCGGGACAGCACGAUAGCAGAAUGAACAAUUUCACAAACGGCAACCACGGCCACGACGACUCCAACACCAAGGAUCUCGACAUCGACAUGCAGCCCAAGACUGCAAACCUGACCGGCGAGCGAGGCAACGACCAUCGCCGAACUCACGUGUUCAGCCAACUGCAAAGCCUACGAGGAAAAUGGAAAUCAAAUCUCGAAAUCGAAGACACGAACCUCGCAUCCCGCGAUCGCUUUGGUCAUGGCCCUAGGAUUGAAAGUCACCAAUCUUCAUUGCUUUUCCCCGUCAUCGACAGCUUCCCUCAAGUCUUUGCAUCUGGCAAUGUUGUGCAGAAACUUGCUGUGAAUGUUUCGUUGUCGACAACAACUUCAGUUGCACAGAGAGUCCGUGCUGUGGAAAGAAUUGCUCGCUCAAUCAUUGGGAUUGAUGAACGCGAGGCACUCUGCGAUGGACUGGUGGGGAUCUGCGAGGAAUAUGAAGAUGGAUGGGAGAGCGGCAGCGAGAGCGACGACGAUUGAGAUUCUUGAGUUUAGUAACUCGGCUGAAAUGAACUGCAUGCCAAAAAAGUCUGCAAAGCUACAUGGUACAACUACAUAUCUUGGAGGCUGUUCUUGAGUUGUUUUUCCUCGCAUGCCCUGCAGCAAACAAAAGGCACAAGCGACAGCUGAUCAACAGGGCGGUGCCUAACCUUGCAGUCACAACUUUUCUGGUUGGCGGGAGCCCUUUGCACCCCUCCUUCCUCUUCAGUUCCCUCCACUCGGUGGGCCGACUGGAAAAAUUGGGCGCGCGGAUGAACAUGCUGAUUUGGGCGUUGAUCUGGCCGUGGAGUGCGUUAGCUCUUCUGGAGUGCAUAUCAUGAGUAAUUGCGUAGGGUGGAGAAACUUCAAAGCAGCAAGCAUCGCGAGAGCGUGCGCCGGAGCAAGAAAAAAAAGGUCCUCA